GGAGGGGGCGUGGGAGAGGAGGGGGUCCGGGAGCCUCCACCAGCCUCGGCCUCCAGAGGCUCCUGCCCUCGCGGCUUUUCCGUCUGCGAAAUGGACGCGGUCCCCAGACGCUGCGGAGAGCAGCGAGUGAGCGUGUGGGAGUCUGCGGGGCUGGGCAGCCUGCCUCAGUUUCCCGGUCCCCGAGGGAGCACUGAGCCCUCCCCCAACCCUUAACACCAGGCAAGCGCGUGUCCCUGGCGCCCACUUCCAACGCCGGAAAAAAUUCAGUCCAUUCCCUGUCCCUCUUCCCUGGGCCCCUGGGGGCUCCCUCAGGACAACCCCACCCACCCUGUUCACGGCCGGCCUCACCUGGUCCUGCGGCCCCCAGCCCUUUCUUACUUCUCAUGCCCGGAGGCGCUUUCUGCCGCAGCUCUUCCCGGCCCAGGUAGGACUCCUCCAGGAAGCCUUCCUGAUUCCAAGGCCGAGGAAGAGGUCUGCGCUGCCCCAUCCUCCUCAUUGCCCCGGUUGUCACUGUCCUGGACAACCCUGUCCUCUGCUCCAGCGCCAGGCAAACGGGGGGCAGAACGGGAAGACGAUCUAGGCAGGCGUCCUUAGGGCAAGGCUGAGCGGGCUCUGCAGAUACAAUAGAAGUCCCUCGGAGAGUGCCCGGGCCGGGCGCCCACAGUCUGGCCUGACGCCGGGAGGGACCAGGGCCUGGGCCUGGGCCGCGGGGGAUGGAGCUCCUAUGCGUCCGGACGGGGUGGCCCGCGCGGACCCUCCGCAGCUCUCUGGCACUGACCCAGGCGGCCUCCAAACUCUGGGUCCCCAACACCGACUUCGAGGUCGCAGCCAACUGGAGCCAGAACCGGACCCCGUGCGAGGGCGGCGCCGUCGAGUUCCCGGCGGACAAGAUGUUGUCAGUCCUGGUGCGAGAAAGUCACGCCGUCUCAGACUUGCUCCUGCCGCUGGAUGGGGAACUCGUCCUGGCUUCAGGAGCCGGAUUCGGCAUCUCAGAUGCGGGCUCGCACUGGGGCUGUGGAGCCGGCAACCCUGCGGUCUUCCGCGACCCUGACCGCUUCUCCUGGUAUGACCCGCACCUGUGGCGCCCCGGGGACGAGGCACCUGGCCUCUUCUCCGUGGACGCCGAGCGCGUGCCCUGCCGCCACGACGACGUCGUCUUUCCGCCCAGUGCCUCCUUCCGCGUGGGGCUCGGCCCUGGCGCUGGCCCCGUGCGAGUCCGCAGCAUCUCGGCUCUGGGCCGGACGUUCACGAGCGACGAGGACCUGGCUGCUUUCCUGGCGUCCCGCGCGGGCCGCCUGGGCUUCCAUGGGCCGGGCGUGCUGAGCGUGGGCCCGGAGGACUGCGCCGACCCGUCGGGCUGCGUCUGCGGCAACGCGGAGGCGCAGCCGAGGAUCUGCGCCGCCCUGCUCCAGCCCCUGGGCGGCCGCUGCCCCCAGGCCGCCUGCCACGGCGCCCUCCGGCCCCAGGGCCAGUGCUGCGACCUCUGCGGAGCUGUAGUGUUGCUGACCCACGGCCCCUCAUUUGACCUGGAGCGGUACCGGGCACGGGUACUCAGCACCUUCUUGGGCCUGCCUCAGUACCAGGGGCUGCAGGUGGCCGUGUCCAAGGUGCCACGCUCGCCCCGGCUCCGCGAGGCCGACACGGAAAUCCAAGUGGUGUUGGCAGAAAUGGGGCCCGAGACGGGCGGCGCGGGGCGGCUGGCCCGGGCCCUCCUGGCAGAUGUCGCUGAGCACGGCGAGGCCCUCGGCGUCCUGGCGGCGACCAUGCGGGAGUCUGGCGCGCACGUCGGUGUCGGCUCCGCGGCUGGACUGGCGGGCGGCGUGGCGGCCUCGCUGCUGCUGGCGCUGCUGGUGCUGCUGGUGGCGCUGCCGCUGCUGCGCCGCGCGGGGAGGCUCAGGUGGAGGAGGCGCGAGGAGGAGGUCCCGGCCGGGGCGCCCCUGGGCUUCCACAACCCAGUGUUCGACGUGGCGGCUUCCAAGGAGCCGUCCUGCCCCAAGGAUGCCCCCUGCUCAGGUUCAACACUCCAGCAGCAGCAUUCCGUGACCUUCAAGUUACCCAGGAAAGUGUCCACUGGCAAGGUGUCUCCUUCACUGCCUUUUGGAGCUCAGCCACUUCUGGGGACCAGACACAGGUGACACGUUAUCACAUCCAGACGGACUGCUGGGAACUUUAAAACUGCCGUCUUCUGUUUUAUUGACAGGUAAAUUGUUCAAAAAUGUUCUCACGAUUCAAUAAUUACAAAGACUCAGACUUACAUUAAAAAAGUAAAAACCAGAACCCCCCUGCAGGUGCCCGUCCAGCAGAAGGCCCAGGAGGGCAGUGGGGUGGGCAGGGCUGGCGGAGCUGGGCCAGUCAGUGCCAACUUGGGGAAGGGCACAUCCUGAACAGCCUUGCCAAGCAGCCGACCAGUGGGAGGACAGGGGAGGCCCGGCCCAAGCUGCGGAGAAGCUGUGUCUGCCGCAACAGUUAACCACAAGCCUCUGAUGACACAGGGCCACAGAGCUGGGCACUCAACAUCUGACACAAAGAAGGGUGAGGUGAAACACGCGCGAAGGGCAUCGCUGUGCCGUGGGCCAGGGCCAGUGUGCACGAGUGUGUUGGGUGGGUCUACGUGAUCAUAAGGGCUACUAAUCACCAGGGCUCCAUGCGGGGGCGGGGGGUGGGUGGGGUGGGGUGUCCCAGUGGCUGCAGCGUGGCUCCCUGGGGCUCUGGCCUCCUCUCAGCCCAGCAGGCCACAGGGCCUGCCUGCACCACGACACUUGCUGGUUUUAUGGCAGGAGGCAGAAGCCUUUGAAGCGACUGGAAAGCAGAGCAUAGCAGACUUCACAGUAGUAGAUACUGGUGACACUUCAUGGCUGUGACCCAGAAUGAACUUGACGCACACAGGACGCAGGGUGUCACUGGUCCCGGGCCUCUGUCCAUGACCAGGUGGUCAGCAGCACUUCUGCAGCUGACUAUGCAAUGGCUAAAUGAAUAAAAAGGCCACAAACUAACCUCCACUUUCCUCUGUCUUCAAAAUUCUAGUGACACUGGGAAUGCUAGACGACCUCUUACUAUUCUGCUAAGGUCCUAGGGUUUCAGGAACUAGGGAAAGACUGGGUACUGAGGCUGUGUCCCCAGCUGUCUGCUUCCAAAGCAGCUGUACUACGACGGGUUUCUGCUGAGGAAGUGGCGUUAGCAGGGCCCCACACGCCUUCUCGGGCUGUCAGGGGUGGGAGAGGGACUGUGUGGGGUCCUUCAUGUGCAGACGGGACGUGUCGCCUCACAGCUGUGCAGACGAACGGAUCUGGUCUACUGCCACAAACAAUGCGGCAUAAAACUGAUCAAUAUUAUAAUAAAGAUUUGUCUUCAUCUCCGUA